AUGCCCACCGUAACUUGCCCCGUGUGCUCCCGCAGUAUAGACGAACUGGCUAUCAACAGCCACUUGGACAACAACUGCAAGGAUAUCGCCCCUUUAUUCCUAAAGUCGAACAACCCUAAGCGGCGCGCACCCGACCCACCCCCGCAGUCUUCGCCGCAACCAAAGAAGCCGCGACCCUCUUCCAACACUCCCGUAAAGCUCAAGACACCUUCGAAGUUAUCACAGCCGAACCCUGCCGGCGCUGGCACCGUCUCUGGCUCAACUGUCUCUGCUCGCCUGUCGGCUGCCAGUCCUCUGCCCGAGCGCCUCCGGCCGCGCUCACUGGACGAUGUAGUCGGCCAAUCUCAUUUAGUCGGCCCAAAUUCGCUACUACUGUCGCAGCUACGCGCCGGCGCCGGCAUAGGAUCUUGUGUGUUCUGGGGUCCUCCGGGGUGCGGCAAGACCACGCUCACGCGCCUACUCGCGCAGGCAUCGGGCGCAGCCUUCAAAGAGCUCAGCGCCACUUCCGCCGGCAUCAAUGACGUUCGGCCAGUAUUCGAGGAGGCGAAGAGCGUGCUGCAACUCACAGGACGGCGCACCAUCGUCUUCCUCGACGAGAUCCACCGCUUUACGCGUGCGCAGCAGGACAUAUUCCUCCCGUACCUCGAACAUGGACACAUCCAGCUCAUCGGCGCCACCACUGAGAACCCAUCAUUCAAGCUCACGGGCGCGUUGCUGUCGCGCAUGCGCGUGUUUGUUCUCAAGAGGCUAGAGGAAGAUGAUAUCAUCGAUGUGUUGAAGAAGGCUGUGGCGAGGAUCGUGGCAGACGAGCAUCCGGAAAUUGAGUCGGCGGACGAUGGCGCGUCCGCGUCUGGCCAGCCGGGUCCGUCCAGUCAAGACCCCUUCCUCUCCAGUCAACCCGAAAGUGCGCUAUCAUCGAGCCAACCCGCGCCAGAACCCAGUUCAUCGCAAACUCUUCUACCGACGCAAGAGACUCUCACCUCUAGUCAAACCGGAAAAGACGAACCUGAAGACUCCGGUCCUCUGCACUCGUCCUAUCCGCACACAACGCUCCGCGUUCUGCGUACAAUCGCGGCUCUGGCAGCGGGAGACGCUCGCACAGCGCUCGGAUUGCUUGAGCUCGUACUCACGGCGCCUCCUCCCUCUACGCUCCCGACCACUUCACUACUCGAACAGCUCCGAGCGAGCGUCUCGACUCGACAUGAUCGAUCAGGCGACGACCGAUACGACCUCAUCAGCGCCUUGCACAAGUCCGUGCGUGGCUCUCAGCCCGGAGCGGCGAUGUACUGGCUCGCACGGAUGUUGGAGGCCGGCGAGGAUCCGCUAUAUGUAGCGAGACGGGUGGUCGUAAUGGCCAGCGAGGACAUCGGACUAGCAGACCCGCAAGCUCUCCCGCUCGCAAUGGCGACCUUCCAAGCCUGCGAGCGCAUCGGCAUGCCCGAAUGCCGCAUCAACCUCGCCCAUGCCGUCUCAUACCUCGCAACAGCGCCCAAAGACAUCCGCGCAUACGAAGCAUACAACCGUGCAGCCGCACUAGCGAAACGCGACAUGACGCUCCCCGUCCCGCUCGACGUGCGCAACGCCCCCACAAAGCUUAUGAAGGAGCUCGAAUACGGUGCCCAGUACCGGUACAACCCGGAUUUUGCACAUCCUGUCACCAAUAACUACGUACCGCCGGAGAUCUACGGCGAGAUUGGUGAUGUGUAUCGGGAGAAGGGCGAUAUGAGAGGGAAGGAAUGGGACGAAAGGGGGUUGAGGAUGUGGGAGGAGCGCGAGAAUGGAGGGGAGAGGUGGGACGGGCGGGGUAAUGAUGGGUACAAUCCAGAUGACCCCGACGGAGGCGUGUCUGGAUGA